AUGUCACGCGUAAAAGAUAUUGUCAAACAUCAGGAAAAAGCAGAUAUUGUUAUUGUAGUUGAACAAAAUGAUAUUCUUGAAACCUCCAGGAUAAAACGUGAUUUUUCAAUACCGCUACAUUUAUUUUCACGUGCUAAAAAAGAACAUCAAAGUGAUCCAUAUCGAUAUGAAAAUACUUCCUUCAAAAUAUUCAAAGCCGAAAUAAGCCAAAAUGGCGAAAGUGUUGUUACUUUAUCUGAAUCCAUAGAUGAGAAAAAAAUUAUAAUUCGCGUAGAACAUCAUAACUUGAUGCAAAUUGACAAAAAGCAAAUUAUCGGAUACUUCGAGAUAAGCACAAGAAUUCGCAUAGAACAACAUCAUAACCCUGUGCAAAACGACAAAAAGCCAACUAUCGGAUACUUUGAGAUAAACACGGGACUGAAAUUUUCAAUUGCAAUUUCUGAUAUCAAUAUUACUAGACGCAUCUGUAAAAUUGCUUUUUCUUUUUAUAACCUUUCAUCUAAUCAGAACAAAUCGGAUCCCGUAAUCUUUAAAUCAAGCAAUGAUUUAAUCUUAGAGCGUUUUACUACGAAAGAUAUCUUUUUGUUCACAUAUAAUUCAGAUAUUGUAGAAAAACAUGAACGAUUUCACGGAACUGGAAACGGAAUUAUUAAAUUUCUUAAUAAGGACGAACUUAUCGUAUUACGACGAAAUGACUUUAGAAAAAUACCAAUUCAUAAGGCGAACGCCAGAACUUUCUUGAAAAGAAUGAACAACGAUCAUGCUUAUCCGCCACCAAUGCAUAAUUUUGCGAAAAAAGAUACAAUAUCCGAAGAAAUCGUUGAAUGCAGAUUGAAUAAUUGCAUAAUAGAGCAUUACUUGUUUUCCAUCAACUGUAGAAAAAGCAACAAAAUCGGAGCAUAUAAUCUCAAAACAGGUGAACUCGAUAAAUGGUUUAAUAUUAAAAACGAUAAAUAUGCCUAUCAUGAAGAAUCCAAGUCUGAAUACAAUAACCCUAAGAUCAAGCGAUAUGAAAGUUUGCCUGUGUUUGCA